AUGGCCGCUAAUUUUGGAUUCGGUGGUGGUACUCAUUCCGAACAAGGAGGACAAAAUUCUACUCCAUCGAUAUUUGGACAAACUGAUGCUUCUGGUUUUCGAGCUUGGCAAAAUCCUUCAACAAGUACAUUCGGAUCAACUCCCACGCAACAAGGAACGCUUUUUAAUAAAUCGGAUACUACUCCCCAAAUUGGAGGAGGAGGAGGUACAGGACCAUUUGGUAAUUUAGGAUCAUCUUCAGGAUCUACAGCUUCAGCUGCUACUUCAAGUCUUGGAGGAUUUUCUACUACAGCUACACCUACACUUGGUAGUGUUUUUCCUAAAACUACAAUUGAUACUAAUAACAACAACAACACUACCAGUGGUUCAUCAUUAUUUGGAGAUAAACCUGGUGGAGGAGGAGGUGGUGGUAGUACAGGAUUUUUUGGAGGUUUCAAAACUUCAACCGCUACCACGUCUACUGCUACCACAUCUACCGCUACCGCAAGUUUUUCUUCAUUUAAUCAAACAGAUGCUAAUCAAAAAAGUCAACCUACUCUUGGUUUCGGUAAAUCUACAAAUACUCAAUCUACUUCAUUAUUUUCAUCUGCUCCCUUUGGAGGUCUUGGUGCAUUUGCUUUUACAUCAUUCAGUGCUUCAUCAGCAGCUCCAAGUUCAAAUAAUACUCUUGGAGGAAUAUUGAAUCAAAAUAGUACAACUGUUACCAAUAAAUUUGAUACUUUAAAGACAUCUUUACCAAGUGGUGGACAAUCAUUGUUUUCACAAUCUACAGUACAAAAUAGAUCUUCCGAUGUUAAUAUUCCAAAAACGAGCAUGCCAACUAUUACCACACCCUUUGGUUCAACGGCAUCAUCAACAUUAGGUCAAAGAUCUCUCGGUAAUAGUUUACAAUCAACAACUACCACCAAAUCUACAGCCCCAAUUCAAUUAAACAAACCAUCAAACAAUAUAUCGAUUCCUGCAACUUCGAAACCUUUAGUUACAAUACAAUCAACAACACCAGCGAGAGUUCCUGAUCAAAUUCCAUCUUGGUUAAAAAAUAAUACAAUUGAAACUAUAAUUAAUAAAUGGUCAAAAGAUUUAGAAAAUUGUUCUAAAAAGUUUAUGGAACAAGUUCGAGAAAUUAAUCAAUGGGAUCAAAAAAUUAUUGAAAAUAAUGGCAGGGGUGAACUUGAUAUCGGGUUAACUACUAUUGAAGCUCGACAAGAAGAACUUGAAAAAUUAUUACUUGAAUAUGAACAAAAAUUCGCCGAUCCCGCAUUUGAAUCAAUGAAACCACUGGAUAGGGAGAGGGAAAAAUCUUAUUCACUAGCUGAAUCGAUUAAUCAAGAUCUUGACAAUAUGAAUCAAACUCUAUCCGACAUGAUUACUGAUAUGAACCGAAGCACUACAUCAUCGACUUAUGGUCCUCUUGUUCGAAUUCUUAAUUCACAUCUUACAUCACUUCAAUGGAUUGACACAACAGCCAAUCAACUUAGUGCUCGUGUUCAAGAAGCACAAUCAUUUAUAGAACUCGCGACUAACAAAAUGCAAGGUGAAAUGAAUAAUGGUGUAG